UCUGAUGAUCCUUGAGUUUUCCCGUGACUCCAGUUAUCCGGACAUCAACAACCGCAUCCCCAGUUCCGCGGUUUGUGUUCCGUAUUCCCGCAAAAGCCGAGAAGCGUUUGUUAUCUAGUUCGGGGAGCGAAUAUCUGGCCGUUCUACUGCAUCAGGAAUCAGAAGAAUUACUAAACAAUUACAAUUAUAUGCUCCCUACCUUGAAGAAAACACGUGAGAAUAUAGAUUCACUCUUGACAGUAAUAUCUGCGGAUAGAUCAACAAUAACUAUGUGCGACUUCUCUUCCUAUGGCGGACCCAGCGACGAGUGGCUGGCAGUCGAGGCAAGCCUGCCCCCGCCAGUAGCCAACCAGUCUGUUUCCGAGAUGAUACUCAAAGCAAACGAAGGCCGCGAGGCCAUCGCCAGUAAAGCCAUGGUCUCGCUAUCUGCGCAAGUCCACAUGCGCGACCACUCGAUCCAAACGCGAGAUGGGUACGCCCUUGAGGCGCGCAGCUAUCGCCCGUCGUCAGUCCCUGCGUCAGAGCUCCUGCCCGUCUACAUGCACUUCCACGGCGGAGGCUUCGUUUUCGGAACAUUGGCGUCCGAAGAUGCGAUAUGCGCCCGUAUCGCAGUCAGUGUUGGUGUCGUCGUCGUCAACGUGAAUUACCGACACGCGCCAGAGUUCAUAUACCCGACGGCUUGGGACGACGCACAGGACGCCUUUGUGUGGUUGCAUAGUCACCUCCAUGAGAUAAAUGGAGACGGGCAGAAAGUCGUGCUAGGCGGGAUAUCGGCUGGCUCGCGUUUGAUUUCAUCGUUGGUGCUUCAAAAGCAUUUAGGCAAGGCAGCAUCGGGGUGUCCAGAUCCUGUUGGUCAGGUUCUGAUGAUUCCGUCAUUCGUGCAUGCGAAGUGCUACGAGCCGCAGUUGAAGAAGAUGAAGGACAGGAGUAUUUCGUCGUAUGUCGAAAACGAACAUGCGCCCAUCCUGCCAAGGAGCAAAAUGGAAUUUUUUGAGGGCCUUUUGAAUGUUGAGAACCCAGAUGAGGCGGAUUUGAAAUUAAGUCCCGGAAAUGCGACGCCUGAAGAAGUGAAGGGGCUACCACCGACUGUUUUCGGUAUCACGGGUCUGGAUCCAUUGCGUGACGAAGGGCUGCUAUAUGCAAAGAUGUUAACAGAAGUUGGAGUUCCUACCGAUAUCAACGUAUUCAAAGGCGUCCCUCAUGGGUUCCGCCGUUUUGGCGACGCGCUUUCUGCAAGUAAAAGAUGGGAUAACGUUAUUGAUGAAGGCAUAAAGUGGGUGUUGAGUAAUCCGGCAGCGACAAAUAGUUUUGAUGUCAAGGAACAAUAAAUUCCAUAGAAUUAAUUCGCAAUUCUUCA